AUGGGGAUACAUAAGGUCCUAUCAAACACAAACGGAACACUUUUCUCUUCAAUAGUGUUGGACGCGGUGAAUUCAGACCCAGACAGAAGAUAUGUUAGCUAUAAUGUUACCAUUCAAAUGCCACCCAAGAUAAUAUCUGAUGGCAUGUGGAGUAACUCAACCUCUGGCAUAUUACCUCACAGAGCCACAAUGCCAAUUUUGGAGCUCCAAAUUAUCACCAUUUUCCUCAUCACCCAAUUCUUUCAUACAAUACUUAAACGUAUGGGAUUCCCUUAUUUCGUUUCACAAAUUAUGGCUGGGUUUGUUCUUGGACCUUCUCUAAAGAUAGCAGCAUUGGCACCCGUAAAAGACCUAUUGUUUCCUUACGGGAGUGAAGAUGUGUUGAGCCUUAUAUCAGGAGUGGGAUAUGCAAUGUUCCUGUUUCUAAAUACAGUGCAAAUGGACUUUAGCAUGAUAACUAGAACGGGCAGAAAAGCUUGGACAAUCGCUCUUUCCUCCUUGUUGGUUCCGACAUUAAUUGGUGUCAGCCUAUGCUAUAAAUUCAUGGAGAGCUUGCAAAAUGCCCUUGGAGAGUUCGAUGGAGGAAAACUCCCUGUGAUAGUAAUAUGCCAUACUGGUUGUUCAUUCCCUGUGAUAGCUUUUCUUCUCUCUGAUCUUGAGAUUUUGAACUCAGAACUUGGACGCUUAGCACUCUCAUCGGCCCUUGUUAUGGAUGUAACAAGCCAAGUUGUGACAGGUUUUGGCACUGCUAUUAUGAGCAGCCUUAAAACAGAUUCUCAUGAUCAUGAACUGGGCAAGGGACCUAAACUUGCCCUAUACACUACCCUAAAAUUCAUUAGUUUUGUGUCUGUUGUGAUUGUGGUUGCACGCCCCGCAAUGAGGUGGAUGGUGAGGAUCACACCUGAAGGUAGGCCUGUGAAGAAAUCAUACACUUAUGUGGUGAUCCUUAUGACCCUUGUUGCUAGCUUGUUAGGAGUAUUUGCACGCCAAACUGUGUUAGCUGGUAUAUUGCUCAUUGGUCUUCUUGUGCCAGAAGGUCCUCCCUUGGGAUAUGAAUUAAUUAAACAAUUAGAGUUGUUCAACACAUGGUUCCUUCUGCCUAUCUUUGUCACUUGUUGUGCCAUGAAGGUGGAUAUAUCUGUGCACAUUAAUGGCACCUUGAUCCUUAUUGUGGGCACCAUAAUUGUGGUUGUGCAUUUGCUUAAGAUGCUCAUAACCAUUGGAAUUUGUCGCCAUUGUCAGAUGCCUAAAACAGAUGGUUUGUGUCUUGCACUCCUAUUGAGUUGCAAAGGUGUCGUUGACUUUUGCAAUGGAGUCUUUCUAUUUGAUUCGAUGUUAAUGAGCAAGGAAACCGUGUCCAUGAUGGCUAUGUCAGUGUUGGUGUUGGGAAGCAUUGCACGCAUUGGGGUGAAAGCCUUAUACGACCCAUCAAGGAAAUAUGUGGGGUAUCAAAAAAGGAACAUACUCAACUUGAAACCCAACUCAGAGCUUCGGAUGGUGGCAUGCAUCCACAAACCAAGCCACAUAUUGUCCAUAAGAAAUGCCCUUGACAUAUUUUGCCCCACAACAAGCAACCCUAUGGUGGUUCACAUCUUGCACCUCAUGGAGCUAGUUGGCAGAUCCUCACCCAUCUUCAUCUCACACCGUCUCCAAGAAAGUGUUGAUUCAGAUUACAACUACUCUCAAGAUGUCAUUGUCGCUUUCAACCUCUUUGAACAUGAUAAAGCUGGAACUACAUCAGUUAGCACCUACACAGCCAUAUCUCCCUUACGCUUCAUGCAUGAUGACAUAUGUUACCUUGCAUUGGAUAAGCUUGCCUGCAUCAUCCUUCUUCCGUUUCACGUGAGAUGGAACGAGGGUGGUUCCAUCGAAUCAAUGGAUGACAACAUUAGAACUUUGAACUCUAAAGUUUUGGAAAGAGCACCAUGCUCUGUGGGGAUUCUUGUGAAUCGAUCAAGUUCUUCCAACAUUUGCAUGAAGCAAAUAGGCAUGAUUUUUUUGGGGGGUCCUGAUGAUAGAGAGGCAUUAUGCUUGGCUAAGAGGGCCAUCAAAGAUUGUGCGUAUAACUUGUUUGUGUACCACUUAGCUUCAAGUCAGAGUGAGUCAAACUGGGACAUGAUGUUGGAUGAUGAGGUGCUGAAGAGUGUUAAGGGGUAUUAUGGGUAUAUUGAGAAUGUGAAUUAUGAAAAGAUCACUAUUCAUGACCCUUCUGAGACUACUACUUUUGUCUCUGAGAUAGCGAAUCAGCAUGAUUUUUUCAUAGUUGGGAGACGAAAUGGGAUAAAAUCAUCUCAAACAGCAACACUUGAGAAUUGGACUGAGUUUCCUGAGUUAGGUGUCAUUGGAGAUUUGCUUGCUUCCUCUGAUACCAAAACUAAUGCUUCCAUUCUUGUUGUGCAACAACAACAAAUGCGCAAGUUUUGA